AUGGUCGUUUCUGCAGUCUCUGGCUUAGUCGCAGGCGCACCUUCUUUCAAUUCCUCAACAAACAUCAACACUAAACGAUCCUCCAAUCCUUAUAUUGUUGUGCAAAACGACUGCAAUUACAAGCUUGUCGUGGGCGAAUCAGAGAACGGCGACUUGUACGGUAGCUCUGUCGACGUGGAUGCUGGUGACAAACACACAUUUACCUUUGAACCCAACUGGGCUGGCCGAGUUUGGGGUCGCCGUAGCUGCAGCGGCAAAGAAUGCAACUUUGCUGGCAUGUGGGCACCUGCCUCAUUAGCAGAGGUAUUGUUCAAGGACCAAGCCGGUGAUGAUUACUACGAUAUCUCGUUGGUGGAUGGUUACAAUGAACCGAUGAAGAUGGAGCCCAUCAACCCUGACAAAACGUCAAGCGAGGAUUUCCGUCGCUGUGGCGAACCUACCUGCACACAAGGACCUAAAUGUCCUACGGAGCUUGAGCUGAAGGAUGAUAAUGGCAAGGUUGUCGGUUGCCAGAGCGCAUGCAGUAAAUUCCGUACGCCCGAGCACUGUUGCGUUGGUGACUAUCCUGAAGGCGUGUGUGAACCAUCAGAGUACUCCAAACUAUUCAAAUCCGCGUGCCCUGAUGCGUACUCUUAUGCUUAUGACGACGCUACAUCCACAUACCUGUGCCGUGCAGAUGGCUAUAAAGUUACAUUCUGCCCCAAAUAG